AUGACCGUGGAUGAAAAGAUAGAGGUUAGGGACUUGUUGCGCAGGUUGUAUAUACAUAAUAUCGACGCUCUGGCGCGGUAUCUCGGUGUCAAGAAAUCGCCUGUGUCGAUUAGGUUCAUCUCUGGACUGCCAAGGGACGAAUAUAAAGAUAAGCUGGAAGAGGAGUCUAAGAUGUACGGAGAUAUUGUUAUUUUGAAUAUCACAGAGAACAUAGACGAAGGAAAGACAUUUGAAUAUUUCAAAUGGUUUGCUAAAAAUAGGAAAGAUAACUAUAUGGUUAAAUUGGACGAUGACGCUUUCCUCCACCUUAUUCAUUACUAUCGUGAUAUUCAAGACAUACCGAGAGAACGUGUGUACUAUGGCAAUGCCGUAAUCGACCAAUUAGGCCAACCUGGAACAUAUGCAUAUAUGGGAGGUGGAGGAUAUACUCUUUCCCGCGACCUUGUUGUAGACAUUGUUGGAUCAAACUGGGCUAAUUCAAAUUUCAAAGGCCAUGAGGACUGGCUAGUGGGUGAGUGGGUAUGUCAUGCGGCUAAAGAAAUGAAGUACUUUGUUCACUAUGUCGGCUAUUCAAAUUGGGAGCCCCUUCGCCAAUAUCCCUUCCAUGACUUUGACGAGUAUCUGGAUCUCCGCUCCAUUAGUGAAAUUAUAUUAAUCCAUCAGAUAAAGAACAUUGAGAAGAUAAAAGUCAUUAAGGAUAUGUACUCCGAAUAUGAAGAUGGAGUGCCUAUGGUUAGAGUCAUUUGGAAUUCAACGACCAAAGACCUGGUUACAAAAAAGGAACUUGUUCCACGUUGUUGGGAGAAAGAGCAGAUCUGGGAUCAAACUUUGAAGAAUACCUACAAGAACUGGUUUUAUGAAGCUUGGAAUUUCAGGGAGGGGAAAUGGGAAUAUACGCCUGUAGAUAAUACUGAGAUUGUUAGAUAG